GUCGCUACUGGGCCGACAUCCACGACACCAUAAUCUCGGGCACCUUCCGACAGUGGAAGGAAGGGACGACCAAAAGCGAGAUCUAUUACCCAGGAGACACCAUCGUCCACCGCUCCGGAGAGGCCACGGCCGUGCAGUGGAGCGCCGGCACGUGGAUGGUGGAGUACGGCCGGGGGUUCAUCCCCUCCACGCUCGGCUUCGCCCUCGCCGACUCCGUCUUCAGCACUCAGGACUUCCUCACGCUCUUCUACACCAUCCGCGUCUACGCCAAGGGGCUGCUCCUGGAGGCCGGCGCCUACUUCAGCAACUCGGGGCACUAAGGACCCGUCCUCCCCCACCCGACCCUUUGGAAUGGAAAGAGCCCCUCGCCUCCCCUCGGCCGUGUUUUGUCCCAGGAAGCCCGGCGUGACUCGCAUCCGCUCACUCACCCACAUGAGGCCGGGAGACCCACAGAGAAAAGAGGGCAACGAUAUAGAGAUCUCCCCAGAAUACUGUCUCGGCACCUGAACAUUUCUUGCGUGUUUCUCUGAGCAGGCAUCCUCCGCCGCCUUCCCCAUGCUCUGCACGGGACUUUCUGGCUGUUCCCUGGAGAGGUGGAGACGGGCGGUCUCGGAGAAAGACCACGCCCUUACGCAUUUCUUCCACACUCUGGGCUCGUGUGAGUUGCCCGAGAGGCAAUCCGGCAAACUCCGUGGCUGUGCGACCUCUGGUUUUUUUCCCCCCCAGUGUGUGCUUCGUUCUCACAGGAAUGGGGGGGGGGGUGCACCGUGCACAGAGGUCUUAUUUGCACUAUUGUAUGAUGCAGACAGGCCCUGCUCAAUUAGCCUGCCUCAGAUGCUGCGACUGAGCCAGGGUUGCCACCCAGCAGGGAAAGACCAGCUGAGCGGUGACCGAAGGCACGAUCACCAGGCGCACCGGAGGGGGACGGGACGGGACAGGCCCGCCUCCCAGUCAUGUAGCAUGUGUUAAGCCCUGUUUACAUGGGGUUCUAGCCCCCAGGGAAGGAUUCCGUUGCAUUCUGCUUCCCAUGCAGGUAACCAGCAAGACGCUUCCUCUUCCCCGUAGAAAUAGGCCCUCUCUGGCUUGUGAGUCGUGUUCUCCUUGGCCCCGGUGGGUCAACUUGGAAAGUAUUAUUGAAAAAUUGGAUCGUCCCAGCUGCAGGGCAGCUUAAGCCUUCAGGGUCUGUGUGUGUGUGUGUGUGUGUGAUGUGAUCUCCCCCGUACGUCUUAAUACGCAAUAGGUACCAUUGGCCUCUCCAGCCCGAUCGGGGGUGGGGGGGGUAGGGUCAGGAAUCCCGCAGGGCCAAAGACUGGGAGGAACUCUCCUUCCACCCUCUUCGUCAGAGUGGGUCGCACGUUCUCGGAGGACCUCACCCGGUUCCGUCCCGUGACACACGAGAGCCGCCCUCCAUCGCCUUAACCUCAAGCCUUACUCCGGUGGCCUCUUCAGCUAUGCACGCAUGUAUAUACCUCCUAGUGUCGAUAUAUCUUUAAUGGGGAAGUAGGGGGGGGUGGCCAUUGCCUCCAGGGGUGCUUUUGGGCCAAGCCCCCGGGCCGGCCAGCCUUGUUGGUUGGAGCCUGUGGACCGCCCGCCCUUUUCCUUCUCCCACAGACGCGAGAGGGACCCCCGCCCCAACCUCUCGCUCCCUGCGCCUGUUUGUGUUGUCCGUUAGCUCAUCAUCCAUGCCCAAGAGACUCCCUCUGUCCUCCGUCCCUCCCCAAGUGGAUGCCCGGUUGGUAGUCUGAGGCACCCCAAGGCACCAGAGGGGGCAGACGUUCUGUCUGCCCGCCUCACCUGAGCAUCUUUUUUUUGCCUCCCAAACCAAUUCCCCAG